AUGGCGAAAUUUAGGAUGCUGCCGCGUACCUCGCGCAUCGUGGCCCUCUGCUCGGUCGCAAACUUCAUAAACGCUGCGGACCGGGUCAUUAUGCCGAUCGCGAUCGUGCCGAUGACCGACGAGUUCAAGUGGAACCUUUACUGGCAGGGAUGGAUACUGUCCGCCUUCGCUUUUGGAUAUUUCACUAGUCAGAUCAUUGGCGCAAGCACGGCGAGUCGCUUCGGCUGCAAGACGGUGCUCAUGCUGGCAGUUUUGUUGUGGUCCAUCAGCACGUUUAUCACGCCGUUACUGGCACAGUCUGUACCACUGCUCAUAAUUUGUAGAGUGGUCCUAGGACUUGGAGAGGGAUUAGGCCUACCAGUAAUAUUUCACUUAUUUGCACAUAAUGUUCCUGUGGAAGAAAGAUCACGUGCUUUUGGCUACCUAGUGGCUGCUGGCUCUGUUGGCCAAGUAGUCGCAUCUGUUAUAUGCCCACACUUGAAAUGGCAAACUGGAUUUUAUCUGUUUGGAACAGUAGGUAUUAUAUGGACUCUGCUUUGGUUGAUGCUGUAUCAGGAAACCAAUUCUCAAGACGAGAUACCAUUAUUUGUUCCUAAAGUCACUCAGAACAGAAGCUUACGUUGGACCGAGUUUAUUGCUCACUGGCCCCUAUGGGCUUUGUAUAUAGCGCACUUUGCAAUGAACUGGAGCAAUUACAUAAUAAUGCAGUGGUUACCGACUUAUUUGGCAAGAAACUUGUCUGCGAACAAGGAGAGUAUUAGUUUGACUGCUCUUCCUUAUGUCGUUAAUUCUCUUAUUGGUAUUGUUGCUGGUCAUAGUGCUGAUACUUUGAUACAAAAAAGAUGGUCUGUUCUCUCUGUUAGAAGAUUAAUGACAAAUAUAGGCCUAAUAGGACCAGGUGCUUUUCUAUUAGCUUUUUGUGCUGUAGAUAAUCUGCUUGCUGCAGUCAUCUUUGUUUCGAUAUCCAUGGGCCUGUGCGCGUGCAACUCUGCCGGACACUUGAGUAAUCACGCGGAUAUAGCUCCAAAUCAUGCGGGAAUUACCUUUGCAGUUUCGAAUACAAUUGCAACAGUACCUGGAAUUCUCUGUGGACCAUUGACAGCCGAAUUAGUGACUGCCUCGCACGGUUGGUGGAUGCCGGUUUUCGUGCUAGCGGCAGCAAUUAAUUUCACCGGGGCUAUAAUAUACCAAAGCCAUAGUUCGGCUCUUCCAGUGUUGUGAUAUGCUCUGUCUCUCAUUCAUCGAUUAUUUGAGGAGAAAGAAGUGAUCAAGAAGUUGAGAACGAUGCGAAGGCGCCUGUUUGCUCUGAAAUUAUUGUGAAUGACUUUUCCAAUGAGGUAGCUCUGAAUGUUGACAAGACGUUGGUGCGAUGCAUUUGAUCAUACCGGCCAGUUGAAGACAUAUCAUGAUGCUUUAUUUAUAUUUUAAAUAAAUUUUUAAUAUCCUCUUCAAAGCAGAGCAAAGCAUGAUUUUGACAGAUAGUGCCAUAACCAGAUGAACAUAACUGGAACUGGUUUGUACAAAAGCCAGUCGAGAAAUGCAGGAUGUUACAUUUAUGCGACUCAUCGUACACCUUAAUUUAUACAUGUAUUGUAUCACUCGAGAAUUAGUGGAGAAACAUUUUGUGAUAUGUUCUAAUAAAAAUUAAAAAUUUUAGUUUACAUGCGGUUAGAACACAUAAACUGUAUAUUCUAUAAAACUUAAGACUUUUACAUAAAAGAAAUUUUAACUUUCA